GACUCAGGCUGGGUUGCCCACUUGGGUAUCCAAGCCACAGCUCCUGUUACUUCUGGUAAGACUAUACUUUAGACUCAAGGGUUUGUUUGACAGCUGGAGUACAGAGGUUGUUGGUUUUGAUUGUGAAGAAACAAACUUUCAUCCAUUUGUUUAGAAGCCUAUUAUGUUGGGAUUGGCAAGAAAUCUACCCACAGCUUUCCACGUGUUGGUUUAAGACCCGGAAGAGAAGUCCUCUCAAUGGAAGAUGACAGUGAACCCGAGCAAAGUUCCUGGGCCUAUCUACCUGAUGUCUGUCUGAGGCAUGUCUUCCAUUGGUUAGAUGACAGAGACAGAUCUCGGGCUGCCUUGGUCUGUAAAAAAUGGAGUUGUGCCAUGCACUCUGGAUCUCUCUGGAGAUGCAGAACCAUCACCUUUUAUGGCCAACCAUCAAGGGCACGCACACUGGAGUUUCAAAGUGCACUGUGGUAUACCAAGAAAUUUGGCAAGUAUUUGAAGCACCUUGAGAUCAAGUUAUCAAAUCCUUACAAUACUCCCUUUAUCAAAAAAUUUCAAGUGAUUAUGAGAGGUCUUCUUUCACACCUGGGUAAGUGUAAUAGUCACCUAGUAUCCCUGAGCAUCAAGUACCUAGAAUUAGACUGCUUGAUCUGGAGAAAUGUGGUUAGGGCUCAGUUUAUCAAGAAUUUAGCUGCCUUCCUGAAAAGAAUGAGCAAUCAACUUGAUUAUCUUAACUUAAAAGGAGCAAGAAUAACUUUGGAAGAAGGCUGCGAGCUUCUGAAUUCUCUAAGCAGUUUGACAAAUAGAAGCUUUAUAUCUGAAAUCAAUAUUGAGGAUUUCUUCAGUCUCCACCUUUCUGUCUACAGCAGUGCCUUGUUCCACCAAACUAUGUCUAAGUUCCACAGGCUGACCAUCCUGACUUUCAAUUACAACUGCAUCUCUGAUGAACUGCUGGACAUCCUGCGGGAGCGCAGCUCUCAUUCCCUGUGCACCUUGAAUAUCAAGUGUCAUAUCCAUGACCCUCAUGGGCAAGUGGUCUCAGGAAUGUCAUGGGCAAACUUGGCCAAGAGAGCCCCAAAACUGAAUGUGAACUUCUUCUUUGAAAGAGUCAUGAAGCAUGAUCAUCUAGCUAGGAUCCUGCUAGAGGAGAUCCCAGUUAGGAGCAUCAGCCUACGGAGCUGUUAUUUUAGUGACCCAGACUGGACAAUAAGACCUACUCUCACCAACCUUCUCCCAGCUUACUGGCAUGGUCUGCAGAAAUUAACACUUGAAUUAAACAAUGACCAUGAGUUGCUGGACAAUGAGCUGCUACAGCUUAUUUUAUCAUGCAAGAGGUUGUUAUUUCUGAAAGUCUGGGCAUUUCUAAGUGUCAGCUUUAUGGAGAGGCUGCUACAAAACCGUGCAGAAAGGAAAUGCAUUUUGACUACCAUAAAGGUCAGGAUUUAUACGGCCCAAGAUGACAGCACUGAGGAGGAGCGGCUGCUGGCUGAUAUUUACAGGAAAUUCAAGUACCUGAUUGACUCAGAACUUAAUUAUUUUGUCAUUACCUACCCAAUGGUAUAAACUACAGGAAGAGAACACCC